AUAAACUACAUUUUUUGUUCACAAGUCGAGUUUAAGAGAUGCAGUCAAUAUGUGUUUUCAAUUUUAUCAUGUUAUGUUUUUUAUUAAUAAUAUAUGAAGCAGACGCUGCUGAUGCUACCGCAAAUUAUAACGAUUAUCCAGAUGAACCAGUUGCUGAUGAGACGAUAAAUACAGAUGAAAAUAAUCCUGUUGAAGAUGACGAUCAAGAUAAAAACGAACCUGUAAACGAUGAAAACGGAAACGAUGUACAAGAUGGUGUUCAAAAUACCAAUGAACAAACGAAUGGAGUGGCUGAUGAUGCAGAAGAUGACGUUCCAGGUGCCAAUGAGCCAACCGAAGGAGAAGAAAAAGAAAACGAGGCACAAAAUGACGUGUCAGGUGAUAAUAGUGUACAAAUACAAGAUGCUGCUAAAGAUGCUAUGAUUAAAAAUAUGGACACAUUCCCCAAAGAAGGAGCUGCACCACUUGAUAAGACGUAUCUAGUACCAUCUUUUAACUUAAGCGCAGCUGAGAAAGAAAAAUUCAAAAUAUGGCCUGAUGCUAAAGUGCCGUAUUUCAUCGACAACUUAUCUUAUGACAAAGUUCUUCGAGAUAAAAUCCGCGGGUACCUGGAUCACGCCCACAGUCGUACAAAUAUUGAUUUCCAUGAACUCUUUGAGCCACCCACCGACGAAAAUGAAAGAUGGGUCUUUUUCGUCAAUCGAAGAGGUCAAUUAGACUGCAAGGACUAUUCCACUAAAUCCUUCACAAAUAAAGGCGUGCAGAAAGUGACAGUUGGCUAUGAUUGCCUCAAACACGGUGGACAUAUGGCGGCCAUAGUUUUGGCGUUGUUGGGCGUGCCGCCUCAGCACAACUCCCCGGAUCGAGAUAAAUUUAUUACCAUUCAUGAGAAGAAUAUUUUGCCAGAAAAGUUGAUUUUCUUCAAAAAGUUGAAUAACGACGAUUGGUUGUUCCAUGAUUUUCCCUAUGACCAUAUUAGUGCAGGAAACUACCCGUCUCAUAAAUAUACUGCAAAUGGAAGCCCAACUGUUGAAAUUAGAUAUGACACAUACGAGAAGAGACAUCCUUUCCAAGUUGUUCACGAUAUUGUUAAUGCCGAAGAACCAAAAGAUUACAGUCCUCUGGACAUACACAAAAUAGCAUCACUAUAUAACGACAUUAUAUUCAGCAAAGAUAAAAAGCGUCUUAAACUUGAAGACUGCAAGGCUUUAUAUAAACCAGGAAUAGGUUUUGUAAAUAAAAAGUUAACAACUAAGAAAGAAAUACCCGAAAGGCCAAAACCGGUACAGUAUUUCUCUUCGCCUAAAAAGUUACAAGCAUUGAACGACAUAUAUGGUGAACAACUUAGUUCACUAGAAUCAUAUUGAUAAAUAAAUACAUUUUCAGAAU